AGCCUACACCGCAACAUCCUCCCUUCCACCCCCCUCACUCCCAACACACACCCCUCCGCCUCCGCUACGCGCCUCAACACCACCGCCAGGCCGAGUCCGCAUCGCCUUCAACCAUCUGACCUCCUCACCAACCGCGAAGAUGCGUGAAAUCGUCCACCUCCAAACCGGCCAAUGUGGCAACCAAAUCGGCGCGGCCUUCUGGCAGAACAUCUCCGGCGAGCACGGCCUGGACGGCUCCGGCGUGUACAAUGGCACUUCUGACCUCCAGCUGGAGCGCAUGAAUGUCUACUUCAACGAGGCCUCCAGCAACAAGUAUGUCCCCCGUGCCGUCCUCGUCGACUUGGAGCCCGGUACCAUGGACGCCGUCCGUGCCGGCCCCUUCGGUCAGCUCUUCCGCCCCGACAACUUCGUCUUCGGUCAGUCCGGCGCUGGCAACAACUGGGCCAAGGGCCAUUACACUGAGGGUGCCGAGCUCGUCGACCAAGUGCUCGAUGUCGUCCGUCGCGAGGCUGAAGGCUGCGACUGCCUGCAGGGCUUCCAGAUCACCCACUCCCUCGGUGGUGGUACUGGCGCCGGCAUGGGCACGCUCCUCAUCAGCAAGAUCCGCGAGGAGUUCCCCGACCGCAUGAUGGCCACCUUCUCCGUCAUGCCCAGCCCCAAGGUCUCCGACACCGUCGUCGAGCCCUACAACGCCACCCUCUCCGUCCACCAGCUCGUCGAGAACUCCGACGAGACUUUCUGUAUCGACAACGAGGCCCUCUACGACAUCUGCAUGCGCACCCUCAAGCUCAACAACCCCAGCUACGGCGACCUGAACCACCUCGUCUCCGCCGUCAUGUCGGGCAUCACCACCUGCCUGCGCUUCCCCGGUCAGCUCAACAGCGAUCUCCGCAAGCUGGCCGUCAACAUGGUCCCCUUCCCUCGUCUCCACUUCUUCAUGGUCGGCUUCGCCCCCCUGACCAGCCGCGGCGCCUACAGCUUCCGCGCCGUCAGCGUGCCCGAGCUGACGCAGCAAAUCUUCGACCCCAAGAACAUGAUGGCCGCCUCGGACUUCCGCAACGGCCGCUACCUCACCUGCUCCGCCAUCUACCGCGGCAAGGUCUCCAUGAAGGAGGUCGAGGACCAGAUCAGCAACAUCCAGAAGAAGAACAGCGCCUACUUUGUCGAGUGGAUCCCCAACAACGUCCAGACCGCCCUGUGCUCCAUCCCCCCCAAGGGCCUCAAGAUGAGCUCCACCUUUGUCGGCAACUCCACCUCCAUCCAGGAGCUGUUCAAGCGCGUCGGCGACCAGUUCACCGCCAUGUUCCGUCGCAAGGCCUUCUUGCAUUGGUACACCGGCGAGGGCAUGGACGAGAUGGAGUUCACCGAGGCCGAGUCCAACAUGAACGACCUCGUCUCCGAGUACCAGCAGUACCAGGAGGCCUCCGUCUCCGAGGGCGAGGAGGAGUACGAUGAGGAGGCGCCGCUGGAGGCGGAGGAGUAAGCGCCGUCCCCACGCGUUUUCCAAAUCAUGUUUGUGGGUAAGGCUUGAGCAGUGCAGUGUCUAAGAUUGACGAGCGGGAUUUUGUGUUUCUCUUGAUGCGGUAGUUAGGCUAGCUUUGGCACUCAUCAGGUAGUGUUGAUAGUAACUCCUUUUGCCAUGCAUGUUUCACACCG